AUGAGUGCAUCCAAACAGCAAUCCAAAGAUGGCCAAGCGUCUGUUGCGCUGCAACUUGGCGCGAAAAAGAUGAACCUGUCCUCUGAUCAAUUCAGACAAUGUGUGUUCAUCAUCGAUGAGCUUGUUUCCACCUACGAUUGCCACCAAUUCAUGACGCCUGUACCUUUGACCGCAGUGAUAUACCACAGCCAAAUCAAGCAUCCCAUGGACCUAAAGACGCUGGAAGAGAAUCUAUUCAACAACAAGUACAAAAACGUAAAGGAUUUCGCCAAAGAUCUCUUUUUGGUUUGGGAAAAUGCCAUGCGAUUUCAUCUCUCAGUCGAUCCUAUAUACCAACAAGCCUUGACGCUCAAGAAACGAUACGAUGAGAUAAUACUCUUUAUUCGAGGUGGAAAAAGGCCGCUUUACCUGUCAACCGAAAUACAAGACGUAUCCUCCAUUGCAAGAACGUUGAUACCCGAAGAGCUCUACAGCAAUGGCAAUAAAAUGGGGAAGCAGGCCAAUGCCAGUGAGAAAAGCACAUUGUAUGGCAUCCACAUUUUCAGCGACCAAGAUCACAGAACCAAACGCAUGUAUGGAGGCACGAAUCAGCAUGUAUUUCAAAUGUUGAACUCCUACUUUUUUGAGUACAUGAGCAAAGAUGAAUGCAUCCGUAAAAAGAUGCCAUUACCUCGUUUGUAUAUUGCAAAGAACCGCACGCUAUUGAAGCAAGCACACUCGGAUCCCAGUGGAGCGUUGGCUAUUUUGUACGAUAUCAAGACGACACCUGUGGGCGAAAAAGGCGAAUCACUUUAUAAAAUGCGCGCAACCGUACUUUUGGCAGAACCAGUGAAUCAAGUGCAUGAUGUGGAUGAUUCGACCAUGGAUUUCAGUGAGAGCAUCAACUACUCUCCCAAGGCAUGGAUUAAAGUGAGACCUUUGCAAGCUCCAGUCCGUCAUGUGGAAUCCAUCAUCACCAAGGACAUUGACCGCAAUUGCUUGAAAAAGGUCUUUACUACAUUCAAAAUCUCUACCAAGUACAACACAGACCCCAAGAAGAUUCGUAAUUUCGAGGUUGCAAGAAAUUUCGCACAAGCAAUGCUGUAUCCUGUCUCGAGUUUAGAUGACUCAGGGUCAACAUCGGACAUUGAUGCUCAGCUAGUAGAGAGAUCUACUAACACUCAAGCUGCCACAUCAACAGCAGCAACACCACAUACAUCACCGCCACUGCCUUCCUCCUCAUCAUCGUCUAAUACCAAACCAUCUACUCAAUCCACAACAAAAGCAAGCAGUUUCCAUAGAAAGGAAGCGGUACAAGCACCUAAACGUCGAUCCAGGGUGGCAUCCAAUGCAGAUCUUGAUCCACCGACAACAAGUGCGAGUUCCCGAGAGAAGACAAUGGAAACAGAAUCUGCGCUAAAGCCCAAGAUAAAACUGAUUGUAUUGGCCGACAAAGCAUCGACAUCGUCUUCUGUUAAUACAUCGCCUGAACCAGAAGCGUCAUCAUCUGUCAAAAAGCAUGCAUCAAAAUCAAAAUCCACCAAAGAAGCCAACUUGAACAUCGGAGCCAGCCUCAAGCUCCCACAUCAAUCCAGCUCAAAGAAGCAUAAAUCAAGCCUCGGCACACCUCAUAAAUCCGCAUUGUCUUGUGCCCAACCACCAUCAGCUACUACUACCGCAAAAAGACUGACUAUCAAUCCACCCAAAGAUACAUCACACAUUCAAAUCAAAUGUACAAAAUCAAAAUCAGCCAAUCAAUCAUCUUCAUCUUCACCACCUUUGUCCACUUCGAAUGCAUCGGCAAAGAGACCACACUCUUUGUCCCUUGAAGAUGGCAACACAGCCAUGGCAUCAAAGCAUAGUAAAGCGCCCAAGAAGAAGGAUAAAAAGCUCCCUCUUUCCGAAAAAGCCAAUGUCAAGAAAGACAGCCCACAUCAGCAGGACACCACUAGCUCUCCUGCUUCAGUAACCACAGUCUCCAUGGUUACUACUUCAAACGCUGCUGCUUCUUCUUCUUCCUUUACGUCCACUACUGUUCCUCCACACCAACUACCAGCCAAUAUCAUCUACGGAUACCCCCCGCCUCAUCAAGCAGGCUAUAUCUACUCACAUCCUCCCGCAAUGUAUCAACUCGCUCCUAACGGGUACCCACAGCCACACCCUUACCCAGAGCCCGUGUAUUACUAUCCACAGCCAUCCAAUACAACCACACCUUCGCCACCACUACCACAGACAGCACUGCAAAACGGUCAUGUUGCCUAUCAUUUGCCUUCGCCUGUAUUCAUUCCUCAUAUACCAAUGCAGCUGCCACCUUUGCAAUUACAACUACCCCCCUUUCCAACGAGCCCUCUGCUUGGAUCUCCAGUAUCUCUAGCUCAACAACAGCCUGAAAUUUCCACAUCGCAAGCUCGUGAAAGCCCGUAUCCAUCACUUGUCACUCAAGUGUAUACACAUACUGUUGCCCAUCCUGAAAGAGAGACAGAUCAAGUGGAUAUUAAACAGGAAAAGGAAAUUGAUGGUAGCCGUUUGAAUGACGCUCCUACACCAGAUUAUGAAUACAGCGACCCUGAAGAGGAGGAAGAAAAUGUCGAUCAAGCAUCCUCUGGCGAUGCGCUAAGUGCGCAAGAGGAACCAGACUCGGACGAUGACAUGAUGGGUUCGCCUAUAUCUAGCAUGCAUUCCGGUGAUACAGACUCAUAUAGCUCAUCUAUCAAUGAUCAUGAUGAGCACGACGUCAAGCGUCAUUCCGAAUCGUCUGAUACAGUUGAACACAGCUCAGUUUCUCGUUCCAAUGCGACUACCGAACCAAGAGAAGCGACAUUGUCCAGCCAUCAUUCAGUGUCAAGUAGUGAAGCCCAACAACCUGCUGCAGACACCAUCCACAGCACUACCAUUACCAAACCCUUCACUUGCUAUGCAGAUCAGUUCGAACACCAAGCGCCCUCCAAAGCUCAUAUGAAGACAGCAGCAGAUUUAUGGUACAAGAUAUCCAGCUUUGCCUCACAAAAGCAGAUUCCCAUUGUGGACAUACGUAUAUACGACGACGACGACUUGAUCUUGAUCCCAUCGCAACACCACAGUGAACUCAAGAGCGUAUUCUGGAUACCCAGCGACAACACUAAAGUGAUCCAACUGUUUCGAAGAAUGACCAUCAACCAACGUGUCAGUGAAAUUGUAGGAUUGAUGCAAUUGACACGACUUCCUCAUAUGCCUCAGGUACACCAAUUGCUGCAUGAUGGACACGGUGAGAUCAUAGGCGUGUGCAUGCAGCGUUUUGAGAUGACAUUGAAGGAAUAUACACAACACCACAACACCACAGCACAGCAAAAGCUGGAUAUGGUGAUUCAGAUGAUUGAAAGUGUCUUGAUUUUGCAUGAAAUCGGUAUGGCGCAUGGUGAUUUAUCAAGCUGGAAUUUCAUGGUCAACAAGACGCAUCAGACACUAAAAGAUGGUAGCGAAAAGGUGGAUGUGUGGCUUACUCAGUUCAACAGAGCAGUGUUUAUCCAUGCUUCCGAUUACAGAGAAUGGUGGGUCGAGUGUCCACGCAAGAUCAAUGCGGAUUACAGUGCUCAAAUCGUGCCCAAGGACGAACAAGAGCUGGACAUGUGGUGCAAGGUAUUGCCCUUGAUACGAAGCAAGCCAGUGCAUCGCAACUACUGGUAUCAUCCUAUUGAAGCAUUGCCCAAGCAUCCAUCUGAUCAGGACAUGCUGCCUCGUCCAGUGGAUCCCGUUGCUCAAGAUUUGUAUACGCUUGGUAUGAUCAUUUGGGAGCUCAUUUCAGACAAAGAGCCAUGGGAUUCAUUGGAAAAGAACGACUUGCAUGCAUUGCGUCAAGUGAUCCAAAAGGAUGAAAGCUUGGAGAGAGUGCUGCGACAUGAGAUGCCUGGCAGUGUCAGCAUUGAGUUGCUUUUGAAGUUGUUGCAAGUGCAAACGGACAAGCGAUGUAGUGCAAAGGCAAUGCUCUCAUGGAUAUCCGCACCUGGCAUUGAGACUGCAUUGAUCAAUGAAUGGACAAUCACUCACAAACGACCUUUGGGAGAGUUGGUUAUGAAUGGUGGCAGUGGUAGCCUUCACAAAAAGUUAAAGUUGUAA